UCCGCUCUGCCGGAAGCAUGAGCGCACCCCUCUAAAGUAAACGGGCAGCCGUGCAGGGGUGAUUAACAGCACUCAGCUUAAGCGUCAAAUACGAAGCGUCGUUCAUUAAUUUCAUGGCCGUAAAUGUGUGCUCAGCGACAACUACCCUGCAUUUAACCUUACCUAGCUUGACCCAUCUUUUGUCGCUGCGAUGGUGCUGUUCAUUACGUUUAUGCGCUUUCUUUAUGCCUCCUUGCGCAGGUGGAGACGUUGACCUUCCUGUGGAUCCUGUUCGCCUGCAUUGUUCUCGGCAACAGUGCGGUACUGGCAGCGCUUCCCAAGGGCAGAAAGUCUCGCAUGAACUUCUUCAUCAUGCACCUCGCCAUUGCAGAUCUCGGCGUGGGUCUGGUGAGUGUUCUGACGGACAUCAUCUGGAAAACUACCGUCGACUGGCACGGAGGCAACUUCGGCUGCAAAAUCGUCAAGUUUGCGCAGGUCCUGGUUACAUACUCUUCGACAUAUGUGCUGGUGGCGUUGAGCAUCGACCGGUAUGAUGCCAUCACUAGGCCUAUGAAUUUCUCAGGAAGCUGGAGGCGUGCGCGCUGGCUGGUAGCGCUAGCCUGGGCGGCAUCGGUGGCCAUGUCGUUGCCCUCCAUCUUUCUCAACGGAGAGGCGUUAGUGCACGGCCGCCUCCAAUGCUGGAUCGAACUCGAGCUGUGGCAGUGGCAAGUGUACAUGACACUGGUGGCUGGCUCCCUAUUCUUCAUACCGGCCUUGCUGAUCGCCGCCUGCUACAGCGUCAUCGUGUACACCAUAUGGAAGCGGAGCAAAAUAAUAAAAGGAGUUCACGGGAAGGAUAUCGACACGAGGCGAACGAGCUCUCGGGGUGUGAUUCCAAAAGCGAAAGUCAAGACAGUCAAGAUGACUCUAAUCAUAGUUCUAGCGUUCGUCUUCUGCUGGAGCCCUUACUUCAUCUACGACCUGCUUCAAGUGUACGGCGCGACUCCGAAGACUCAGGCGGCCAUCGCCGUGGCAACGUUCAUCCAGAGCCUGGCUCCGCUGAACAGCGUCGCCAACCCGCUCAUUUACUGCUUCUUCUCGAGUAACAUGUGCCGCCACAUUCGGCACGAGGCUCUCCUGACCUUGUCGCCCCACGAACCGCCGUCUUUAUGAUCCGCGCGCAACGCCCGCGUCUCGGGCAACAGGUCGUACGUGACGCAUUCGACGGGGAUAUCCAACUCGGUACUCUGAAGACGGGCGACGCAACUGAUGAAUGAGAGGCGAAGCUUGGAGCGCAUGUUACAGAGACUGGAUAGACCCCAGGCUGUUUCUCAACCUCGCCAUUGUUGUCUUCAUUCAUACGUGUGGUAAACUCUUGAGAUGCGUGAACGCGCACUAUUUGAAUGUUUUAUCUUUGUGUGAUCCGUGAUACGCUAGAUCCAAUGCGCGUAUGCGUCUUAUAACACACACUACCACCGGCAGUGUCUGCA